AUGGCGAGAAGAAAGCUUAGUGGUGCAAAACGUUCUACUUCUGAAUUUGAUAUAGAAUCUCUUCCUGAAUAUCAAUUUGAUAGUAUGACAAAACCAGGUUAUGAAAUUUUAUUAGCACAAGCCGAGAUCAGAAAGUAUCUUAGAAAAAUAAAAUAUGAAUUACCACAACUGGAAAAAUUUGCCAACCCUUUCAAUCCUCCCAAAAAAGACCAAAUCUUAUGUUUUAAAAGAAUGUAUUACAUAGGAGAAGAACAUCCUCUUCAAAAUAAAGUUGUUAUGACUGUUGAAUUAGAUGAUUUACCUUUAACUGAAGAUCAAAAACGUAAAUUCAUUUUGUUAUGUGGUACAAGAUUUGAUGGAAGCAAAACUUUUAAAUUUUCGAGUGAGAAAUUUCCUCAUCUCACUCAGAAUAAAAGAUAUCUUAGUGAUUUAAUGGAUCGGCUUCUAAAAGAAGCACAAGAUGAAACCGAUACAUUUAAAGAUAUCCCAAUUGACACUAGGCAUAUUAAAAAGAAAAAGAAAAUUAAAUUUCCUAUAGAAUGGCGACUCUCGCCUCAAGAAAUAACCACAGAAAAAGUAGAUACAGUAGAUACAGUAGUAGGCCAAAUAUCAUCAUCCAAUGAAUCUAAUUUUGAACAACAAAAAUUGGAUGCAAAAUUUGAAAUUGACAUUGUUAAAAACUAA